UGGAAUGCGAAGGCAAAAGGUGCGCUUUUUUCGACGGAACGCAGAAGCAGCACCCACGCUCGAGAAUCGAAUAGUCCUGACAGUCUUCGAUUGGAAGACGAAAACGAGGAUGAAGACGACGCGUUCGGGGAUCGAGACCGCCGGGAUCAGAGUGCCACGCGAUUGCGUAGCCGCGUGGAUCGAUUAGGCAAUCGUUGGCAGUCGACAAAGAGAUCCAGAUGCCAGUUAUCGCGUCGCAUUUUUUCGAAGACGGUUAAGGGGAAGUGCGUGUUGGAUGUUCGUUAAAACGUUGCACCGGGUCCGGGUCCGAGUCUCCGUCCGAGCUCGAAGCUCGCGUCGAGCCACGGUGCCGGAAGUGCCGUUUCUCGAGGACAAAGGGCGACGGGGUGACCACGGAAGAAGAAACGCACGAACGAGAUCGCAAGCAAGGGAAAGCGUGACGAGCCCUUGCGGGCCCGAAGGGAGGCGAAACGAGGUAAGGCGAGUGAGGGCAACCACGAGGAUUAAAUAAAAGAGCCUCGUGACGGAGGGGCUUCGUACGGCCCUGGCGCGACUGCGGCACUGCACCCCCACGGGGGGUUCUCUGCCAAACACACCGAAUCCGCCCUCCACCCCGGAACACAAGAACCACGGAUGUUUGGAUGGUCGCGGCUCGAGCCGUAGAAACGGCGGCAGCUCGCGGGGGAAUGGGACCGAUUCGGCGGCGGCGGCCGAGCCGCAGUCGCAGCCACAGUCGCAGUCGCAGCCACAGGCAUCGCGCGGAGCCAGCUCGGCACAUCGCCACAAUGGAACGGAGAAUUCACGCGAAACCGAUUUGCUGUCGCACGCGGCCUCGGCGCUGCGAAGGCUGCACUUCAAAUCGGCCGGCGGCAGUCGGAGCUGUCGCACCGUGCCGAAGGUCGUGGUCAUGGGCUCGAGCACCGCCUCCGAAACCACGAUCAACACUAGCACCGACAGCGCCAACACGAUGCUCACAAUGGUGACGACAACGGACGGAGAACAGCCGGACGACAGCUUCGACUUGGUGGACAUCCCGUCGGAGAUGUCACCACCUGCUCCACUGUCGUCGGCUCCACCGCCCGAACCGGUUCCACCGCCGCCGCCUCCGCCGCCACCACCGCCCCCACCACCCUCCCCGCCUAUCGGCGAUUACUCGACCAUGGACGAGAAGGGUGCCAAAACGAGCCCGUUAACGGCAACCACCGUACGAACGGAGAUCACUGCCCGUCUCGAUGUCCGGGCGUCGAGUACUUCGAACCUCCUCGACGAGACCGAUGCUCCAUCGGUCGAUGCCACGAUGCUCACUGCCACUGGUGCCGCCAGCGAGGUCAGGGUAUCCAUUUCCGGAAGAACUCCGCCUCUCCCGGAUCUACGAGCAACCGACUUUUUUAGUACACCGGUGAGGGGUUCGGUGGACGCUGGCCAACCGGAUCCGAACAACCCGAUGCUGUUGAUGGCCGGUAAAGGCCAGGACAGCAGCAGCCGGCAGAGCAACUCUUCGUCCAGCGAGGGUAAACACGGCCAGAAGAAGCCAAACGUGAACGUGACAACGAACCCGUUGGACAUAUCGUUGGUAGGAGCAUGCGCGAGCAACGACCGAUCGUCCGAAGGUCCAGGUAGGACCGGCGGCAGCAAGCUUCGGGGAAGAGCAGCCGCCGGUGGCAACGCGGCUGGGAACAAGAGAUCGACGCAAGCGGCGACGAUCGUGGUUCAACAACCGUCGCUCUCGUUGGACGGAUCGGCCGGGGCGGCCACGAUACUCUUGCACCCCGAGGCGGACGUCAGACGACGGGAGGAGAACAUGAGACAAUUGCUGGACGUCGCGAACACGCUCACCCUGCAGGAGAUACACGACUUCGAGAUGAGAUACGGUAGUCCGCAUCACAGCAGAUCGCAAUCGGUUAAGACGCCCGGCAGUCGUUCGUCGGGCCGACCAAAUUACCUGUGUCUUCCGCAACAGAGAUCGAGAGUGGCCAGCAUGCCGAACACCGGCGUCGAGGAGGAGUACUACAGGCUCCGGCACUUCAGUAUAACCAUAAAAGGUGUGGUGAACAGAGGUGACUCCCUGAAGAGUCGGAGAUCUAGGUCCAACAACAGCGUGGCGUCGAGCAACUCGAGCACGGAACACCUGACGGCUUCGUACUCUGGAUCGGCGAGGAACUCAGCGGCUGGAUCGUUGGCGAGCUCUCGGGAGAGCAGCGCGUCUCAGGGACCAACGCCGUAUCGCGUUCUCAUGCUGGGAGCACCGGCCGUGGGGAAAAGUUCGCUGGUCUCGCAAUUUAUGACCUCCGAAUACCUCCACGCUUACGACACUUCGAUCGACGACGAUUCCGGGGAGAAAACUGUCAGCGUGCUAUUGGCCGGCGAGGAAUCCGAACUAACAUUCAUCGAUCACUCCUGCGCAGAAAUGACGCCCGAAACUUGCAUAGCGACGUACGAACCGCACGCGUACUGUGUCGUCUACUCUACGACCGAUCGAACCUCGGUAUGUGUAGCCGAAGAGGUUCUGCAAACUCUUUGGUGCAGCGAUCACGUAUCGGCUCGAGCGGUAAUCCUUGUUGGAAACAAAGUCGACCUCGUUCGCAGUCGAUUGGUUUCGACCGCAGAGGGGAAAUGUAUGGCCACAUCCUACGAUUGCAAGUUCAUCGAGACGUCCGUGGGGAUUAAUCACAACGUCGACGAGCUUCUGGUAGGCUUGCUGACGCAAAUUCGCCUGAAGCUCGAGAAUCCCGAAAGAACGAGGGACCUCUUCCGGAAGAGAUCGCGAAAGAACCGCAGCAAAUCGCCGUUAGGGUCUUGCUCCGAGAACAAUUCGCCGAAAAAGUAUCGGGGUAGUCGUACGAGUACAAGUCUGAAGGUACGAAAUUUAUUGGGUAAGGUGUGGGCGAGAGACAGCAAGUCCAAGAGUUGUGAGAAUUUACACGUUCUUUAAAAAUCGUCCGUCUUCGUAUCGUUCUCUAUCUUUGACCUUGCCUUCUCGCUACGGAAACCAUCUUUUUCUAUCCUCUCGACCCUUUUGUCGUUUUCUCGUCUGUCAUCGCUUCGAUCGCGUGUCCUUUCCGUUCGCACUUUACGCCACUUUGCCACGACGAGUUUGUUCGUUCGGUCGCGUGAACCGACAACUCUGGAUUUCGCAUCACGGAAACAUUAAGGCGCAAACACGAUAUUGUCACGUUAUGCGAACGCACGGAACCUUCAAUCCCUGAAAUAUACUUCUACGAAAGAUUUACGGACGAAAGAUCGUUUCUCUGACGUUUCUCUCUCUCUCGAUCGUAAAUUAAGUUCUUAUUGAUUUGAUAAUUAUAGUUACUACAAUCAAGAAGUAAUAAAAACUCCACAAUGAUUGUGAAAACGAAACUUUCAAUCGUUGUUAGAGUUUUGCUUUCACAAUUAUCGAGGAAUUAUUAUUAUUUUUGAACCGUACCAAAUUGAAAUUUUUACAUUUGUUUGUUUCACUCAAUCGUAAAUUAAGUUGUUAUUAAUUUGAUAAUUAUAUUUACCACUUCAAGAAAUAAUAAAAACUCCACAAUGGUUGUGGAAACGAAACUUUCAAUCGUUUUGCUUUCACAAUUAUUAAGGAAUUGUUAUUAUUCUUGAACCGUACCAAAUUGAAAUUUGCAUAUUUGUCGAGUAACAGAAAAUCAUAAAAAUCCAAGUAACGAAUUCGUAUAAUUUUCUCGAUAAUUUAUAAAUAAAUGGUAUACGUGAAAGUGAUACGAAGUAAAUCUACUCCUACGAUCGUUAAAUCCCGAUGAUACACGGAUACGAGGAGAUGUUUGAUCCACAUCUCCUAAAUUAAAUAUUUUCUUUCGUCCCUGUUCCAAGGGUCGCGUCCCCUACUUUGAAAAACAUUGACUUACGCGACACGCGUUACAUAACGCCAUGCGACACGUGUGAUGCCGCGUUAUCCAUCAUUUUUAAAUCUUCGCCCGAAUCUUGUCACACUGUUUGCAGAAUAUUCGGACCUCUGGCUUUUAAAUGGAAACUAAGGGUGUUCGAACAAUGGACGAUCGAUAAAAUCGAUACAGAGCAAUUUAUUCUUGACGUACGUUCGACAGAGCGGUUAAAUUUUUAUUUUCAUUCGAUGACUAACGAUCGAACCAGUCAUUCGUCCAAACUUUGCCCAUCUCUGUACGCGGUAAACAACUGAAUGCAAUUGUAAACUCGUGGUUUACGCAUGUGACGUGCCAAUAAUGUAUUUUCGCCAUUAUCUUUUCCUGCACCGAGCCACUGAUCUCUCCACCCUUGUCGAUACUUUUCUCUCGCGAUCAUUCCCGUUACCGUACCACCGUUUCUUCAUUCCGACGAUAAAUAAGGAACGCGAUUAGUCCGUUCGUAAGUCCGAGCAAGCGUGUCUCUAGUUUCAAAGCUUCCAGUAACAUUUCGGUACUCUUGGUACAAAAGAAUAUAACAAAAGACAGCGUGAAAGAUAUCUUUCGUUUACAUCUGUGGGAAGAAAAGUAUCCCACAGUAGCUUUAUUUAUGAAAACGAUAAUAGACCACCAAGUGAUCGAUAACAUCGAGAAAAUCAAAAGUUAACCCGUCGUGUGCCCCGGUGAAUUUUUCAUACUUUUUGAUCCAUGCUGAACAUCCCUCUCGUAAAAUUACUAAAUCGAUAUUAGAAACGUUCAAUAUUUCAACGGUGUAUACAUCUGACAGUGCAAUAAAACCAUUCGUAAAUGUUGCACAACAUCGUUGAACGCCUGGUUCGCUCUAUUAUCCUUUGCAUAAUCGAGAAAAAAUUAUAUAAUACUCUCCCUCCGCAUAGGUACGAACAAAAUGUAUUUUCAAUUAUCAGAUUAAAUAACGCGUUUGUUCGGACUAACGAAGUGUCGAAUUCCAUCAGCGAACGAGCAAUUAUCGAAAUCAUUUUUAAACAAGAAACGCGCUCGCUACUCCGUUAUUGUUUCGAAACGACGACGACCAACGCGGCUUAAAGUACCGGAAGAACGGAAGGAAAACAAUUUAGCGGAAACAGACGUUGUAAAAUUCGCCCGGGUACAUUUCCGGCGCUUUGGAUCGCUGGAUCACGCGACUCCCGUUGGAACGUGAACCGCCCCGCACGAUGAAAUCUCAUUUCUGCUUUUUCUUCAUCGAUCGGAAGCGCGGCUGAUACAGCCAGCUAAAUAUGUAGCACGAACACACGCGCGUGGAUCGACACGAUCGAUACGAACUUAAAUACCCGGAACGAGCACAAGUAUAUGCAUACGCACACGUUUGCGAACACGUAGAUCGAUUAUGCACGUAUAACAUGUAUAAUACUAACAAUUUACAUACACACUCGACGCGCGUAAACGCGACUCCGGCUCGCACUUAUGCAUGCAUGCACACUGUACACGCGCACGCACGUACUUACGCACGCAACGAUUAAAUUUUCCCGAUAGAACGUUCGCGAUCCCAAGAUUCUCGUCGUUGUACGCGUCUAAACGCGUACGUAUCGUAACCGUUGGACCCGUUUUUCUAUCCAAUGUAAGGGAAUUUAUGCGAAGAAUGUAGUAAAACGAACGCGAAUCGCGGCAUAGUACGUUCCGCGAGACGAUAAUCUGGACUCGGGAACAAAAUGGCUGCGGACCAGGGUUUAUCGUUCCGUACAAUUCGAUAAAAAACAACGAUUCUCUUUAAAAUUUUCUCACGAUGUUGAAAUGGUUUUGAGAGGGUUUUUUUGUAGGCGAACGUGUAGAGAACAUAUUGAGAUUAUAAUGUUUUUUUUUUAUCGUUUCAAUUGAUGCACCUUGAUAUUCUUUAUAAAAAAGUAUUAAGACAUUUGCGUUGAAAAAUCAUCAAUUUAGGAGAUAUUUUGAUUUCGAUUACUCCUUCGUUAAUGUUGUGAUGAUUUGAGAAAAGGUUCAACACUAGAACUACCAAACCAGUAAAAAUGAUCCAUUCGUAAUUUCUAAUGGAACUUGUAAAAAAUUUACUCGACUGAAUUUUUGAAAAUUUAUCGUAAUUUUCUAUAAGAGAAUGUAUAAACCACUUAUUUCAAUUUCUUUGGUACAAAUAAACACGCUAUAAUUGUCGAUAGUUCUAGUGUUAAUGUCACGACCAUUUGCAUCAUAUUCAUUGAAUCGAUAAAUUGAUGAUUCAAUCACACACAUAGUGUUACUCAGUAAUACGAUCCCUCAUAUCGACCAUUGUAUUUUUUAAGUUGAACCAUUCUCUGUUUACAUUUCAUAACGCGGUUGAAUACAAGAAAACACAUCAGAACGCGUCCCUGAACCAUUCAAUUUCGUCCGAAACAUUUGCAAUAUUACAUAAAUUCUAGUAUUCGUACUUCUAAGAACAUCAAUCUGGAUCCUCGCGAGUUAUUACGAACCCGUUGCCUCUAAAUAAAACAAUAGCGUUGCGCAAGGUCACCUAAUUUAUAAUUUGCGUCCGGACGAGUUAAAUUAGGCUUGGUUCGCGGUAAUCGAAGUAUAAUAGUACGACCUUUUGCAGCGAAUCUACGUUACCAUUCUUAACACUUUAACGGCCGCCAAAGUGAGAUGCACGAAGAUGUUAGGAAUAUUAUUACAAGGAAUUAUAAAUGUAACCUCAACAAACGUAAUAAGUUGAAUGUAGGAUGAAAUGGUAACUGAUACAGUAGAUCACUGCUGGCUCUCAAAGUCACAUAUACGUGACAGCAGCCGUCAAAGUGUUAAGCAGAGCGUCGAUCAGAAACGACCAAAACUUUUAUUCGCGUAACAAAGAGACAAAUGAAAACCGUAAACUGCCGUAUACCGACUUACCAUUUUUAUUUAACAAGACCCGGAGAAACCAUUUUAUUGUAUGUUUCGUCCAGAUAAGAAUUUUCUCGACGGGCUGACGAAAUUUUGGUCACGCGACAUCUCCGUUUACAUCCGACCACAUCUUCUCGUAGAACGUACUAUACAGAAAAGCGUACUUGUUGAACGGGGUUGGCUCGUUUAACCGUAGCGUGACACCUUCGACUCGGUAAUGUUCAGAGAAAAUCAAAGGGAAAUCAAAGGGAAGCUUAACGUAUUCGGUGCCAACGUUGAAACUAGAAAAUCGAGGAUCGUAGUUACUCUUCGUCACCCUUUCCUCCGUGCCUAACACUAACCUUUUUCCCCUCCCCCCCACACCUUGUUCUCCUUCUGUUCUACGAGCAAACGAGUCACUCGGUGUCCCUCCUUUUCUCAUUGUACGCUCGAUGUAUUGCUGUCCUAUUGUGCAAUGUAAACGCAGAAGUAAAUUAAAUAAGCGAUCUAUGUUCUUCAGAAUUGUAUAGACGGUGCGUAGAUAAAGGUAGCUGAUUCUGGUUACCAUCGAAUUUUAUUGCACGUUAGACAAAGAGUGGAUGGUUCUAGUAAAUAACAUAUUAAAUUAGCGCGCGAGAACUCGCGCAGGGAUACAAGCUCGAGGCUCAGGCGUUCCCCGUUUUGAUGCAUUUUCAUCGAACGGGGCGCUCGGAAGUGGCAACGAUCGAGGUUCUACCGCGAGGCGCGAGGAAUUCCUGCGCGAGAUUUUCAACGCGCGUAAACGGUCCCGCGAUCGAUGGCGUGUUUCAGAAGUUUCGUUCGUUGAUUCUUCCGGCAAUUCUGCCUUGUUUUAAUAGUUCGUCGCGACGAUCUUCUGGAGGGCCACGGUCACGACGACCCUAACGAUUAAUGCGUAAAAACAAAUGUAUUCGGACGCUUCGAGUACACGAGCGACCGCUUAACUACGUAGCCGUUAAGGAUUGCACCCGUCUACGAAGAAUCGCGAUUUCUUUUUGAAACUUCGACUAAUGGUUCACCGAUAUUGGCUUCGCCUAUGCUUCGAGGCGUGACCGGUCUUCGAUCGAUCUCAGCUUUUACGAUACUGAGAUAUAUAUAUCUUAUCGACAGGGACUUUCAGAGUAUUGUAUCUGAAUUCGCACGAACACGUAACAACAAUUCGUCGCGCGAGAAGAGAACACGGAUUCACGACGAUUCGCAUCCGUUCUCUUUCCGUAAGAGCGUGGCUGUGUUCCCGCCUGUGCAACGCCGGCGUUCCAAACGUUUAAAGAAAAAAAAGGAAAAGAAAAGAAAAGGAGAAAUACUGUUGCUUCGUUCCUCUGUUUUUGUAUUCCAACCGCGUUCAAACCGAUGACUUUUUCGAAUUUCCAGAGCAAAUUUUUAAUCGAGGCGGUGCCUUAACCUCGACAUUUUCGAAGAGGAAUCAAAAAUGAUGAAAAACGUUGCGUUGAUGUUAUAAAAAUUCUCAGUUACGAAUUUGUUCUGAAAAGGGCAAAAAAUUACUGUUUUAUAUUCGAAACGGUUAAACGCGACUCCCAUUGGUGCUCGAGGGACGCGCUAAAUAACGCUCACGUUCAAUAGAAAAUAUUAUAAAUUAAUCGUAACUAUUGCUUGUUGUUAUGAAGCAUCGAUCGUCAUAGAAAUUAGCUCGACAAGCUUGGUUAAAAUUAUUUUAUUUCAACGUUUCGACCAUCGGUUGAUUUUAAAUUUCAUCGAUGAUAUUCACGUUCAUCGCCAUGCCGCAGUGAAUUUGAAAAUAAUAUAAGAAUAAGUAAACUAAUAAACAGUUCCACGGAACUUCCAGUUUGUACACAUAUUAAAUUUCCCAAGAGGAAUACGUUUCCACGAACUGAAACGAAGAUAAUUAAUUAAAUCGACCGCCAUAUACGAACUGGAAAUUGUUAGCAUUCGUGACAAAUAACAAUUGUUCUAGGUAAUUAAAUUCUCUUCAUCUGUAUAGAAAUUUCUCUCUCUUUAAUUUACUUCAAUCGUUUCAUAAUUUAUAUCGUUGAUACGAUUUUAAUUUUUUGUUGUUCUACAUAUAAAGUAAAAAGAACUAAAGUAUUAAUUACUAAUUAUAAUAGCUCCUAACAUUAUUCAAAUUUACGUUUUGUAGAUUUGUGACUACGUUCAAGUUUAUGUAGUUUUAUUAACUGAUUAUUUUUAUUUUUAUAUGGGACAACAACGAUAAUACAUGAUAUUCGACCACCCUUGGGAAAAAUUUUAAUGGGGGAUU